AUGGAUCGUAAAAAACAACGUAAAAUUCAACGACAAGAGAAAAAAAAGAUAAAAAAUCUCUAUUACCGACAUCGACAAACAAACGAGAUAAAAUCGGAGAACGAUAAUGUCGAAUCGAAUCAAAAAGAGCCAGUCAAAGCAAUUAAGAAAAAAAAGAAACGAACCACCGAUUCAAAAACUAAUCCAAAAUCCUCGGCCCUUAUCGAGCAUCAACGACGUUUAAUACUCAAGGAGGAAAGAGAAAUAAAAAGAUACGAGAAACUGUUGAAACUUCGUAGCUAUACUAAACGAAACAAAUUACCCAAAUCAUUCCAUCUGGAUGGAUUGGCCGAUCUGAUUGAAUUCUGUGAUGACCGAAAUGAGAACGACGGCCAUGAAGAUGGUGAUCGACUCGAUGAUCAUGACAUGGAACAAUCAUCAAAUGAAGAAUCCGAAAAUGUAGAGCAAGAAGUUAAUAGUGAAUUGAAUGAUGAAAACGAAUCACCAGUUGAAUAUAGUGAAGAUGAAGAUGACAGUGAUGAGAAAAAGUCUGAUGAUGGCAAACUUCGUGAAGAUAUUUAUGGUUUUCUUCGUGAUAAACAAGGAAACAUUGUUCCACAACAAGACAAGCGAAUGGAUCAUGCUCAAAAAGAGCAAUUCAUUUCGGAUGUUGUAGUCAAUGAAAAUGUACAACGGAAAUUACGAGGUCUUCUCAAUCGACUCACCUCAUCGAACAUUAAGGUUAUAAGUAACGAUAUUAUCAAACUCAAUGUCAACCACAGUCGACACGUCAUCAACAAAGGAAUAAUGAAUUGUUUAGAUAAGAUUGUCAUCGAAUGUGAACAUAGCUUACCUUCCAAAUUGUUCGCCGAAUUAGCCAUGUUGAUUGCCAUUCUAAGCUUUGAAAUGAGCGAUGAUGUCGGUGGAUAUUUCAUCCAUACUUUGGUUUGCCGAUUUGAUGCUGCUUUUGCCAAUGUUUCCACAUGGAAUGCAUCCAGUAAACGAUUAAACAACAUUCUCACGCUCAUCCUUAACAUGCAUUCUACUGGCCUGGUCGAUUAUCAAUUAAUCUACGAUAUAAUUGACAAAUUCAGCGAAAAACUUGACAAUGAAAAAUCCAUUGAAAUCAUCGAUUCCAUUCUCAAAACAUCAGGUUUUCUCUUACGUAAAGAAGAUCCGGCUAGAAUGAAAUCACUCAUCUUACGGAUACAAACGUUAAGCCAAGGAUUGAGCGAACAAAUGGCCAGUGCUGGAAGUCGAGUGAAAUUUAUGCUCGAAUCAUUAGUUGCCAUCAAGAACAACAAUGUGGCCAAAAUCAAAACAAACGAAACUGUAGUCAUGAAUGAUUUAAUUGAAUCGACGUUAAAAUCAGUUAUCAAAAAGCCCAGAGUUCCAUCAAUACCUGGACAAUAUUCGGCAAUAUUACAGAGUUCGCAUUGGUUUUCUUAUACCAAACAAAUUGUUCCGCUUGAAUCGAUCAAAGGUGGUCAACAACAACAACAAUCAACGACAACGAUGAUAGAUGAACAAAUUACAUUGAAUGAAAAAGUGGAUACAGCCAAACUAGACCGAUUAUGCCGUGCAUUACGUUUGAAUACACCGUUACGACGUCAAUUAUUUGCCGCCAUAUUUACUUGUGGUGAUUAUCUGGAUGCAGCCGGUAAACUCAUAUCGAUCGGUAAAAAACAAUCAUCAGAAAUAAUCAACGUUGUGUUACAUGUUGCCAUCAAUGAAAAAUGUUACAAUCAUUUCUACUUUUACCUACUACAACAUCUGACCAAUUUGGAUAGGAAAUAUCGAUUGGCAUUAGAUUUUGCCAUACGAGACAAAAUAACCGAUUUGCUAUCAUUACCGGCGAAUAAUCGUACGAAACUUGAACAACUAAUGUGUCACUUGUUGGUGGCCAAUUGUCUGAGCAUUACCUGUUUAAAAGUGAUACAAUUUUCUGAUAUGAAUGAAAUGUACGUUCAAUUCAUUCGUAACAUUCUUCAAUUCGUUUUCGAUCAAUCGGAUGAUUCGAUCGUCACGAUGGUACUGGGAAAGAUACCGAAAAAGGAUAAUUUUGCCAGUGCAAUCAAAUUGUUCAUUGCAUGCUUUAUGGAUGCUCAGGCUAAAGAUAGGGCUUCCAGUAUUAAACGAUUACAAUCACUUUCUCAUUCAUAUUGACAAUAAAAUCUACUAAUUCAUAAAUCA